AUGGUAAAUGGUGACAAGCAGCAGGCGGUGGGCUGGUACCAACGAGGGAUCACCGAACUGGAGAGAGGAAUCGCCAUCCAGAUCUUAGGACGUGGAGAGAAAUCUGAGCGAGACAGACGGUUGCAGAACAAGAUGAGCACCAACCUGAUCGCGGCCAAAGACCGACUGCAGUCUUUAGUCAGCGGGCUCUCAGGAUCCGGGGCUCAGGCAGACAUUUACACUAAUGGCACUAACCCUGCCUACCAGGCUGCCCACCUGCGUACAGCUCCCAGCGCCCCCUGCAGGCAGAACGAGUCGUCACAGCGGAAGAGCGCGGCUCGGCCCCUCCGACAGCAGCUGGAGGGAAGAAAGGACUCAAAGAACCUGAAAGACGUGACCGGGAAGCCGCGAGCUGCUGCAUCCUCCAGCGGAGGUCAUCGCAGAGGGGAAGCCGCUGUUAGCUGCUCGUCAGUGAGGUUCGAAGACGUUGCCGGUCAGGAUUUGGCGAAGCAGGCAUUGCAGGAGAUCGUCAUACUGCCGGCGCUGCGACCGGAGUUGUUUACAGGACUGCGUACUCCGACCAGAGGACUUCUUCUGUUCGGUCCGCCCGGCAACGGCAAGACGAUGCUGGCUAAAGCUGUGGCUGCUGAGUCCAACGCCACCUUCUUCAACAUCAGCGCCGCCAGCUUAACCUCCAAAUAUGUGGGUGAAGGGGAGAAGCUGGUUCGAGCUCUGUUCUCUGUGGCCAGAGAGCGGCAACCCUCCAUCAUCUUCAUCGAUGAAGUGGACAGUCUGCUGUGUGAGCGGAGGGAGGGCGAGCACGACGCCAGCCGACGCCUCAAGACCGAAUUCCUCAUCGAGUUUGACGGAGUCCAGUCAGGAGCUGAUGACCAGGUUCUGGUAAUGGGAGCCACCAACAGGCCUCAGGAGCUGGACGAGGCUGUUCUCAGGCGUUUUGCUAAGCGUGUGUAUGUCGCUCUGCCAGCCGAGAAGACUCGCUUCCAGCUGCUGAAGAACUUGCUGGAGAAACAUGGAAACCCACUGACACACAGAGAGCUGAGCCAGCUGGCCAGAUUGACAGAGGACUACUCCGGCAGUGACCUCACCUCAUUGGCUAAAGAUGCCUCCCUGGGACCAAUCAGAGAGUUGCGUCCAGAACAAGUGAGGAACGUGAAGGUCAGCGAGCUCCGAAACAUUUGUUUUGGAGAUUUUGUAGAGUCUCUGAAGAAGAUCCAGAGAAGUGUCAGUCCGCAGACUCUGCAGGUUUACGUCCGCUGGAACAGAGACUACGGAGACACUACGGCUGUGUGAACUACACAAACUGACUUCUUUUUGAUGUACAGCAGUUUUCUGAACCUUUGUACCAAUGUUUCUACACAAUAAAGAAUCUUCAUCUUGUAUAUUUUGUUUCACAGACAUUUUAAUAUUAACUGUAUGAGUGAGGAUAAAAAACUGCCCUUUAUUUCAGUUUUUUGUGUCUUUGUGUUCAGACUCCAUUAAACACCGAUUGAUUUUA